AUGGCUCUAUCCUUGGCUGGCGAGUCGGUCCCCGGAGACGGCGGAGACUCGCUCGGCAUAAGCCCCGCCGGCCUCGCCUCCUACUACCCCUCUUUCCUCCCACCCGCCCAUUACUUCGAGACGGCCCCCGACUACUUCCAGCCCCUGAAACCCCUGGGCGGGCUGAUUUCCUCCUCGCCGCCUCUGCCUCCCUUCACCUUCAGCAGGGUCCCCGCUUUUGUGAGCGAGCCGCCCCCCCUGCCCACCGACCCUUUCCCCAGCCUUCCUUUGCCCUCUCUCUCGCCUCCGUACCCGAGCCCCCCGCACAGGGCUGCCCGCAGCCCGGGGGCAGACGGGGCGGCGGGGCAGAGCUACAGGUACCACUUCACCGAGGAGGAGCUCAACGCGGUGCUGUACGGGGCGCUCCGGAGCAGCCAGCCGACCGGGAAUCUCCACGCCAUCUCGGGGCUCCGGCUGUCCCCGGCCAGCUCGGGCGCUGCGGACUCCGCCGCCCCGCUGCUCGACCGGGACUCGCUGCAGCUGCCCGAAGGGCUCUCGGUGCUGCGGGUGGCCUACGGGGACGUGUCUCAGCUCGGAGUCUUCUGUACGGACCCCAUCCCGAAAGGAGUCCGCUUCGGCCCUUUCCAAGGCAAAGUGGUCAACACGAGCGAGAUCAAGACUUACGACGACAACUCGCUGAUGUGGGAGAUCUUUGAAUACGGUGGUCUGAGCCACUUUAUCGACGGGAAGGGCCCCACUGGCAACUGGAUGUCCCUGGUGAACUGUGCUAGGUUCCCCGAGGAGCAGAAUUUGACGGCUAUCCAGUGCCAGGGACAAAUCUUCUACGAGACCUGCAAGGAAAUCUUCCCGAACCAGGAGCUGUUGGUGUGGUACGGCGAUUGCUACGUGCAAUUUCUGGGCAUCCCCAUCAGCUUGAAGGGCAUGGCAGAGGGGAAGAAACCCCCGCAGCACCCCGAAGAAGCCGGGGAGAGCUUCAAGUGCGAGCGCUGCGGCAAAGUUUUUGCCUACAAGUACUACCGGGACAAACACCUCAAGUACACCCGCUGCGUGGACCAGGGGGACCGCAAAUUUCCUUGUCACCUUUGUGACCGAUCCUUUGAAAAAAGAGACAGGCUGAGGAUCCAUAUUCUCCACGUUCACGAAAAGCACAGACCUCACAAGUGCUCUGUGUGUGGGAAGAGCUUUUCUCAAUCCUCCAGCCUGAACAAACACAUGAGGGUUCACUCUGGGGAGCGCCCCUACAAAUGUGUCUACUGCAACAAGGCAUUCACAGCAUCCAGCAUCCUGCGCACUCACAUCCGCCAGCACUCGGGGGAGAAGCCCUUCAAGUGCAAGCACUGCGGCAAAGCCUUCGCCUCGCACGCGGCCCACGACAGCCACGUGCGGCGCACGCACAGCAAGGACAAGGGCUGCACGUGCUCCGUGUGCGGCCAGCACUUCCCCGAGCAGGAGGAUUACAACUUCCACGUGAAGAUUCAUGCUGCUCAUUAG